CGAGCCCUCGUCGGGGCGCGGUGGACGUCUCUGCCGAGGGCCUCUCCCGCACCCCUCUGGCGGGGGUUGCGAACUGCACCCUCUGCAAGCCGCACCCUUCGGAGUCGCCGACUAGGGGCCGCUCGAGCGGCGCGUGCGCGGGGUGCCCGUUUACCUGCACGGCCGCGGCGGCGGCGCGGGGCCGGGAGGGCUGCUCGGGCUGUCGGAGAGCGGCCGUUCGCGGAACCCGUUCGUGAAGGACGUGGUGAACGGGGAGCCGCUGUACGUGGACGAGGGUACGUACGCCAGCGAGGGCGUGGAGGAGGAGGAGGAGGAGGAGGAGCAGAACUGGAUCGUGCGACUGCCGCAGGACUGGGACGACGACCAGCUGGCCGGGUUCAUCGACAAGUACGGGGAGCACGAGCGGGUGGUUUGGAUUGGGACGCCCUCAAAUUUGGCCUUGUCCAUCGUGGUGGUCCACAGCACGCUGUCGUGGAUCGAGGGGGUCCUCUCGAAGGCGCCCCCAGGCUUCGUCCUCUACGUCGAGCAGGAUAGCGGGUGUUCGAGCAUCCCGAUCGUCGACGACCCCGACAACAAGCCCGAUCACGACCCGGGGGUGCGGAAGGAGGAGUUCGGCCCAGACGGCAGCCAAUCGAACCCACCGUCCUGGGGCACGGACCGCAUCGACGCAGAGCUGGGCCUCAACCAGGAGUACGCGCCAGACAUUGUGUCGGUCCCGUCCGUGCACGUCUACGUCUUGGAUACGGGCAUCCGCACCACCCACAACGACUUCGCGGGAAGAGCGAUUCCGACGCUUGAGACGGUCGGUAACACGCUGAAGGUAUGCGAUCCCGCCGACACGGAGUGCGCCACGGACCGGGACGGCCACGGCACCUUCACCGCAGGCACGAUCGCUGGGCAGCUCUACGGGGUGGCCAAGGCGGUCACGCUGCACGCCGUCAAGGUCCUGGACGACGAGGGCAAUGGCCAGUUUAGCUACCUCGUGUCAGCGGUAAACUGGAUUAUCAAGAACGGGCAGCGGCCCGCGGUCAUGAGCGCCAGCCUCUCGGGCAAGGGGACGAUCAAUUUCGUCACGGACGCCAUCGACGCGGCGGUGCAGGCCGGUGUCACCUUUGUUGUGGCCGCCGGCAACAACGGCCAGUCCUCCGAGCCCGACGCGUGUAACUACUCCCCAGCGCGCGUGGGCGCCGCGAUCACGGUGGGGGCGACCGACACCCAGGACCGCGAGGCAUCCUAUAGCAACUCCGGCCCGUGCGUGGAUAUCAUGGCGCCCGGCUCAGCAAUCGUGUCCGCUGGCAUCACGGGCGACAGCGCUGAGGCGACGAAGACCGGAACGUCGAUGGCCGCGCCGCACGUGGCGGGCGCGGUGGCACUCAUGCUCUCAGUGCAGCCGGAGCUGACGCCUCAGGAGCUGGUGGACCGACUGAAAUCCCAUGCCAGCAAGCACGUGGUCAAGGUCAGGAGCCCAGCGGAUGGGUCUCCGGACUCGCUGCUGUUUGUGAAGGGGGAGCUGCUGUCGGCCACCUCGCCGACCACUGCCCCAUCGGUGUCCGCCCCCUGCGGGCUGGGCUGGAGGGACGUGGCUGGGCCCUGCCGCGUGGACGAAGAGUGCUGCCUGCUCAGCCCCAACUACCCACAGGCCUACGGCGACGGCCAGCUUUGCAUCGCGGCCGUCGGCGGGGCGCCCGGCGCCAUCCGCGUCGACGCCUUCUCCACGGAGGCGUGGUUCGACCGGCUCCACGUGAACGGGGUGCCCUUCUGGGGCGACCAUGGGCCUAGCGGCGUGGUGCCGGCUGGGCUCCGGUGGAGCUCCGACUUCAGCGUGGCCAGGCCGGGCUGGCGGCUGUGCCUGCCGGAGCGGCAGCCGGCCGCGGGCUCGGAGAGGGCGGAGGCGGCGCAGUUCCGGGAAGUCGAGCCCCCAGCCGUGCAGGCGGACGAGGAGGCCGGCUGCGCGGCCCGCUGCGUGCUGCAGGGGGCCAACGGCACGUGCGCGGAGCACGCGCUGCGGCAGGCCGCGGACGGUGCUGGCUGCUCCAGCGCCCUCGCCGCCGUGCUGCGGCAGUGCAGGAGCUGCUACGGCUGCGCCCUCGACGACGUCGGCUGCACCGCGCCGGGCGAGGAGAGCGUGCCAGAGGACGUGUGGCAGCCUGGGGGGCAGACGGCGCUGGCCGCGCAGGCGGCGCCGGGCCAGCCUUCGGUCGCGACGGGCGCCGAGGCCGCUGGGAGUCCCGCGGGAGGUGCCGCGGACGUCGCCGCGACUCCAGGGGGCGGCGUCUAUGGUGCGGCGGGGCCCCAAGUCAUUGGCGCUGAGGGCGCUGCGCUGGAUGCCACAGGGAACGUCCAGCAGGGUGCGAUCGGCGCCCCUGCGGGUGCUGUUGGCGAUCUUCAGCUGGCGGCGACGCCUCAUCUUGAGAAUGCUGCAACUGCUGUUUCAGACGCGGCUGGCGCCGCCCUGGACAUGGCAGGGCAGCUGCAUCAGGCGGCGUCGCCGCAUCUUAACAAUGCUGCAGGUGCCGCUUCAGACGUCGCCGGCGCCGCUGUGGGCAUGGCAGGGGAUCUCCAUCAGGCGGUGGCGCCUCAUCUUGGCAAUGCUGCAGGUGCUGCUUCAGACGUCGCCGGCGCCGCUGUGGGCAUGGCAGGGGAUCUCCAUCAGGCGGCGGCGCCUCAUCUUGGCAAUGCUGCAGGUGCUGCUUCAGACGCGGCUGGCGCCGCUGUGGGCAUGGCAGGGGAUCUCCAUCAGGCGGUGGCGCCUCAUCUUGGCAAUGCUGCAGGUGCUGCUUCAGACGCGGCUGGCGCCGCCCUGGACAUGGCAGGGGAUCUCCAUCAGGCGGCUGCGGCAGGCAAUCUCAACCAAGCAGCGAGUGCUCAUGUGGACAACGCAAUGGGCGCCGCCGCGGACAUGGCAGGGGAUCUCCAUCAGGCGGCGGCGCCUCAUUUAGACAGUGCUGCAGAUGCUGCUGUAGACGCAGCUGGUGCACUGCAAGAAGCAGCAGCGCCUCAUGUAAAAAAUGCAGUCGAAGCAGCAACGCCGCAUGUACAACAUGCUAUCAGCACAGUUGGAGGCCUGGCUCAGGAUGCCGCUGGAAAGGCCCUGAACGCAGCUGGCGAAGCAGCAAAAAAGGCCGCAGCGGAUGCUGCACAGAGCGCCGCGGAGGCUGCUGCGCAGAAGGCGCAGGACACGCUGGUGGAUGCGCACCAGGCGGUGAUGGACGGUAGUCUCCACGAGGCGGCGAAGCCUCACCUGGACAACGCCAUGGACGCGGCUGGGAACAUUGUCGGCGAUCUCCAUCAAGCAGCGACGCCUCAUCUCAGCAACGCUGCAGAUGCUACCCUAGACGCUGCCAGCGAUAUCCAAGAUGCAGCAGGGGAACAUUUGAGCAAUGCUAUGGAUGCUGCUGGGGAUGUGCACGACGCGGCGAAAGAACAUUUCGACAACGUGAAGAAUCUUGCCGGCGGCCUGUUCCGCUGACGCGGCCGUGCACGCGUGACGCCGAUGCACGAGGACGCCGUGUCAGGAGCCGCAAUCACGAAGCCAGGCGAACUCGUCGACUCUUCUCGCUGCACCUGCCUGGCUCGAGGAGGUCGAAGAGGGGUGAGGAGGAUUUAUUCCAUCGCCCUUUUUGCGCACCGCUUCUUGUCGUCCCUCCUGGGAUGUACUCCGUCCGCGCAGGCCGGCAUUGACCUGCGCCUUUUCCUAUCUCGCAGUGUUAGGUCGGGCAUGUCCUCCUACACGCAGAUUUUCCUUGAGACCCUGGCGUCGUGGAUACCAUGGCAUGGGCCAUGAUAUUUCCCCAGAUCUCGGGUUUCGGCUGCUCUGAAAGGAAGCCAGUCCCUGGCGGGCCCUGGACUUUCUCAUGCUCGGGGUCGGUUAGGCCGCGCCCGGAGUUGUCCUGGUCCGAUCUUGUCCUGGUCCUGGCUUCGUCUUGCAACCCCCAGCAGCCCUGGGCCCUCGUGCUCCCGGGCGCCCGGCCUCGUGGAGAGGCCCUGCGCAGCGCGCGCGGCCGACGAGGCGGUCUCGGUGGGCGCCAGCCAUGCGCCUGCACCGAUCCUGGCCGGGCUCCUCCUGUCCGCGGCGAGCGAGGGGGGAGGUGAGAAGUUUUUCCCAACCGUCCUGAGGUGUUGGG